AUUCGCUUCCGGGAAUGGAAGCGCUGUCUCUGGCGAUGACCAGGUUUUGAGUAACUUUUUAACUUUUUAUUUUUUUUAGCAAGGCAAUGUUUUAUACUCACAGUGAAAGUCAACUGUCAUGGAAGAUCCGUAGGACAUAAACGUGUCCUGACUUAAAGACACGCUCAAAUAAUAAGAGUGGGUGUGAUUGCACUGACGCACUGAAUUUGCUGGUGACAAGAUCCAAAGUCCUGCAGUUCUUUUCAACUCACAACAACACCGUCCAGCUCAACAAAAUGGCCCGAUAUGAACUUGUUAAACGAUCAGUUGCUCUGAUCACUCUUACCAACCCACCAGUCAAUGCAUUAAGUUCCCCAGUGCGUCAUGCCAUUGCAAACAGCAUGGAACGUGCCCUGAGUGACCCAAAGGUCAGGGCUGUGGUCAUCUGUGGAGAGAAUGGAAGAUUCUGUGGAGGUGCUGACAUCCGUGAGUUUGCCGGGCCUUUAAGAGGACCUCCGCUGAUACCUGUGUUGGAAGCCAUAGAGGCAGGAGACAAGCCUGUUGUUGCUGCCAUAGAGGGGAUGGCUCUAGGUGGAGGCUUUGAAUUAGCCCUAUUCUGUCACUACCGUAUUGCACAGUCUAAGGCACGUCUUGGACUUCCAGAGGUGACUUUGGGCAUCCUGCCAGCUGCAGGGGGAACACAGCGUCUUCCCAGGCUCAUUGGCAUUCCUGCUGCUCUAGAAAUGAUCACAACUGGCCGCCAUAUCUCCGCGCAGGAGGCUCUGAAGCUGGGCAUCGUUGACCAGGUCACAGAUCAAAAUGCUUGUGAGACGGCUCUGGAGUUUGCCCUGAAAGCUGUAGGCAAACCGCUGUCUCCCCGGAGAGUGAGCACGCUGACCACACCCUGCCCUCCAGAUCUGGAUGCUCUCUUAGAAGCAGCUACCAUGCAGGUUAAAAAGAAGACUCCGGGAGUGAUGGCACCUUUGGCUUGUAUUCAGGCAGUGCGGGCAGCCGCUACAAUGCCUUACAGCAAGGGAAUGAAGCGGGAGAGUGAACUGAUGGCCACUCUUUUCAACUCCGGCCAGGCCCGGGCUCUUCAGUACUGCUUCUUUGCUCAGAGGACUGCUGGGAAAUGGACUCUACCCAGUGGAGCGCAAUGGAACAACAGCAAACCCAGAGAGAUCCGGAGUGCAGCCGUCAUUGGUCUGGGUACUAUGGGAAGAGGCAUUGUUGUGUCUCUGGCACGUGUGGGAAUUUCUGUCAUUGCUGUAGAGUCAGAAAAGAAACUCUUGGAGAAUGGCAGACAGAUGGUGAUUGGCAUGCUGGAGAGAGAUGCCAAAAGACGAGGCGUGAGUGCCUCUCUUAAUCUCCUUAAAUUCACCCUCAGCUUACAGGACCUGAAGGAUGUGGACCUUGUUAUUGAAGCAGUCUUUGAAGACAUGGCACUUAAGAAGCGUGUUUUCCAAGAGUUGUCCAAGGUCUGUAGACCAGGCACUCUGCUCUGCACCAACACCUCUGGAUUGGACGUGGAUGCUCUGGCUGGUGUGACCGAUAGACCGCACCUGGUGGCUGGGAUGCACUUCUUCUCACCUGCACAUGUCAUGAAGCUCCUAGAAGUUGUCUGUGGGCCUCGUUCCUCAAGUGAAACCAUCGCUACAGCGAUGAGCCUUGGGAAGAAGAUGGGAAAGGUGAGCGUCGCUGUUGGAAACUGCCCUGGUUUUGUUGGAAACCGCAUGCUGAAGCCUUACCUGGAUCAAGCCACCUUCCUGCUGGAGGAGGGAGCCACACCUGAACAAAUCGACAAGGCUCUGGAGGACUUUGGUUUUGCGAUGGGAGUCUUUAGGAUGUCUGAUCUUGCAGGCCUUGACGUUGGUUGGAGAGUCCGGAAGGAAUCUGGAUUGACUGGGCCCGACGUGGACCCAAAAAAUCCCCCACGUAAGCGCCAAGGACGUAGGUACUGUCCCAUUCCAGACAUGGUCUGUGAGCAAGGCAGGUUUGGGCAGAAGACAGGUCGAGGUUGGUACAAGUAUGACAAACCUGGAGAUACGAACGCAAAACCCGACCCACUGAUUCAGAACCUUCUUGAGACGUACAGGAGCAGGUACGGGAUUCAACCACGCAACAUCUCAGAUCAGGAAAUAAUCGAGAGAUGCCUUUUCGUACUGGCCAACGAGGGCUUCCGUAUCCUGGAAGAUGGCAUGGCUGCCCGACCCGAGGAUAUUGAUGUCAUCUAUCUGUUCGGUUAUGCCUUUCCAAGACAUCGAGGUGGUCCUAUGUUCUACGCCAGCAUGGUGGGCCUGGAAAGAGUGCUGGAGAGGUUGGAGCAUUAUCACCAGGCCCAUCCUGAUGUGCCUCAUUUGGAGCCCAGUGCGUUGUUGAAAAAGCUUGUGGCCUGUGGCAGUCCUCCUGUUCAACAAUGGAGAGAGCAUAUCAAAACAAUGCGCAGCCAUCUCUGAAAGCACAAUAUGCCAAAUCUCUUCAUUUUUAAAUGCUGUUAUUAAUAAAGAAAAUACUUUCUCACCUCUUAACUCUGUCUCGUCAGCUCUCAUUAUGUCCACCUGAAGAGGUUUUCAAGAGGUUGUCUGUUGUAUUUUUAACACUUCUUAGAAGCAGAUGUCUUUAGUUUUGGCAGAAAGCCAAAUAAAUCCAAACAAAUUACCUUCUUUCGUUUUUGCACAGCUCUGGUCUCAUGCCCCAUUGGUGUUUCAUUUACCCUGCUGUCAAAAUGCAUUAGAAAAGUGGCAUUUUUUCUUUAAAGGAUUCAUGGAUGAGAGGCUUCUCAGAUGCUUGCAGAUGCUCAUAAGUUCACAACAACCUACAUUCUGUGUACACUACUAAUCAUAUGUUUGAGGUCAGUAAGAUUUAAAAGGAUAGUUCACCCAAAAAUGAAAAUUCUGUCUUUAAUUACUCACCCUCAUGUUGUUCCAAACUUGAAAGACAUUCGUUCAUAUUCAGAACACAAAUUAAGAUAUUUUUGAUGAAACCCGAGCACUUUCUGAUCCUGCAUAGACAGCAACGCAACUACCACAUUCAAGGCCUAGAAAGGUAGUAAGGACAUUGUUAAAAUAGUCCAUGUGACAUCAGUGGUUAAACCGUAAUGCUAUGAAGCUACGAGCAUACUUUGGUGCAUAAAGAAAACAAAAAUAAAAACUUCAUUCAACAA